UACAUACCCCCAUCUCGGGAUGCUGUCCACCUGCCUACCUAUGUCCUUUACCUGAUCAUGGCAGUCUUUGUCGUGUUGGGUGUUCUCUACGCUAUCAUCGGUCACCUCAUCAAGGACCUCAUCCAUGACUUUGCAGAUUGGGUGUUAGGGGAGCAACCUGAGGAGGUGGUGGUGAAUUACUGUGAGGCAAAGGAUAAGUUCAUGGCAGACUGGUGCCCAGAAACCUCCCCUGAACUCGAGGCAAUGGCCCGGGCUGAGGAGAACAAGGUGAUUGACAGGGAUUUCAUGAAGGCCCCCGCCAUCUGGGUCAUCUCUGAACCUCGGGGGAGCAAGUCGGGACCCCGUGUGGUCUUUGAGAGGAGGUCAUAGGAGAGAGAAGAUGCCAUCAGAUUAUAGACUUGAUGUUGAUGAAGAUCAUCUGAACUGAAAUGAGUGAGAGGUGAAGUGAGUGGCUGUAAUGAAGCAUUACUGUGUACGGCUAAGGAUGUGCUGCCAUAUUGUGGACACAGGAGGGGAUCUCUUGCUGGCAAUGCCCAAUGCUUUAGUGCACAGUUGUCCUAUGAGGACAUCUAGUGUCUGUUGAGGUCACUGCAGUUGAUGAUGAUGUCAGCACAAGUUUGUCUGAGAUCAAAAUGGAACUAAAAAACUAUAAUAUGCCU